UCGCUUGGUGAGUAGGCUGCAUUCCAAAACUCAUCGAAAAAAAAGUGUUGCAAUCUUUCUGUGACCGGCUAUAUAUAUAAAUGAAAUAAAGAAUUGUGUAGUGGAAUUUCGACAAUCCGUGUUGACAACACUGACGUCAUAUUGUCUCCCUCUUUACUUCGAACUUCACAGGCAGGAAUCAAUAAAACGUAUAAGAAUAAGAACGUUAUUUAACAAUAACGGUUGGGUCAAAACAGAUCAAAACAAUCAGAAUGGACAGUGAGGCAGCAUCAUUAUCAUUGUGCAACGAUUCAGUUUUUAUUACAACUGAUGUUGCAAAAUGCCAAGAAGGAAACACAUCAGCUGAGGAAGACUCUUUGCGUCAAGAUUUGCAAAGAGCCUCCUUGGAAAUAAUGGAGGAAAAUUUUGCAUGUGUAAAGGAGAUGACGACUUUAUUAGCUAAAUUGGAUCUUAAGCUCAAUACAUUAUCUAACGACAUAAAAGAAGGUUUAGAACAACUAUCUUCGAUCCUGGAAGCUGAAAAGCUGUCCGAAUUUGAUGAAACAUCAUUGCGGGUGAUUAGAGAACGAAAGAUCAUAGAAAAAAUAAGGCGGGAGCGAGAAGAGAAGCAGAUGUCUGUACAGCAUGAUAAAUUCUUUAGAAAUUUUACAAAGUUGAAGACAAAAAUUAAGCAUAUGCAUGAUGAGAUCGAUGCUCUCAUGAACUCUAUGGAUGUUAUAGAAAAGGAUAAGAAUGAUGUGUAUUGCAAUAAGAUUUUCUUGUCUACAAAAUUAAACGAAUAUGAGCAAACCCUGAAGAAAUUGGAAUCAGAAUUAAAAGAUAUGGGGGUUGACGAAUCUUUUUCGGAAAAAAUAUGGGAUAAGUAUAUAUUGUACCUGGAGAAGACAAGCAGAUUAGUAGAGCUAAAUCAAUCCCUCACUCAAUAUGAGGAUUUACCACCAAACUUGCUGCAAGCUAAAUUGCUGGUAGAAAGCAAAAGAAAAGAGUAUGAAAAGUUAGAACAGAUAUUUUUAGAAAAGUCUCAU